GCUGCGUGCACUCACGGCGGCUCUUUGGCUAUCGCGCGACGAGGACGGGGAGGUUCCCCGGGGCCGCCCGCAUUUCCGGCGGCGGUUCGCCCAGUGGCCGGCAGAGUGUGGCUGAGGGCUGGCGGGGGCGCCAUGGGCAAGGCCAGGCCGGCGGCGGCGCGCAAGAGGGGAGCCGUGGCGCCGGCGGGGGCGCAGGGCGGCCGAGCGAGGCCCAACCCCAACCCGUUUGAGGUGAAGGUGAACCGACAGAAGUUUCCGGUGCUGGGCAGGAAGGCGCGCCACGCCGUGGGGCAGCCCGGGGUGUCGCGCGCGCGGGCCGUGCACAAGCGUACCCAGACAUUACUGAAGGAGUACAAGGAAAGGGACAAGUCCAACGUGUUCACAGAUAAGCGCUAUGGGGAGUACAGUAGCACCAUGAGCCCAGAGGAGAAGAUGAUGAAGAGGUUUGCCCUGGAGCAGCAGCGGCAACAUGAGAAAAAAAGCAUCUACAACCUAAACGAAGAUGAAGAAUUAACUCAUUAUGGCCAGUCUUUGGCAGACAUCGAGAAGCAUAAUGACAUUGUCGAUAGUGACAGCGACACUGAGGAACGUGGAACACUGUCUGCCGAGCUGACCGCUGCCCAUUUCGGAGGUGGUGGCGGGCUACUUCAUAAGAAGACCCCGCAGCAGCAAGGAGAAGAGGGGGGGAAGCCGAGGUCACGCAGAGAACUCAUUGAAGAGCUCAUUGCCAAGUCCAAGCAGGAGAAGAGGGAGAGACAAGCACAACGGGAAGGUGCUCUGGAGCUCACGGAGAAGCUGGACCAAGACUGGAAAGAAAUCCAGACUCUCCUGGCACACAGAACUCCCAAGUCUGAGAACAAGGAUAAGAAGGAGAGACCCAAGCCUGAUGCAUAUGACAUGAUGGUUCGCGAGCUGGGCUUUGAGAUGAAGGCCCAGCCCUCUGACCGGAUGAAGUCAGAAGAGGAGCUGGCCAAGGAGGAGCAGGAGCGGCUUCAGCAGCUGGAGGCUGCACGGCUACGGAGAAUGCAUGGCGAGGAUGAGGGCAGCGAGGCUAGGAAACCGAAGCACCUGUCCGCGGAUGACUUAAAUGACGGCUUCGUUCUGGACAAAGAUGACAGGCGCCUACUGUCCUACAUGGAUGGGAAGAUGAGCAUUGAGGAAGAGCAAAGCAGGGAAGCCGGUGAUGGUGAGAGUGAAGAGGAGCAGGGUGAAGACCUGAGUGAGGAGGACCCAGAGAACAGCAGUGACCCCGAUGGGCACUCAGACCUGGAAUCGGACAUGGACAGUGAGGAGGACUGUGGGUGGCCCAGCGGAGAGCCCCGGCAGGCCCCGGGGGAAGGAACGACAAGCAUUGGUCACAGAGCUCGAGAAGCUGCCAGAAACCAGCUGCCCUAUACGUUUGCAGCCCCUGAGUCCUACGAGGAACUGAAAUCUUUAUUAUCGGGAAGGACAAGGGAGGAGCAGCUUGUGGUGGUGGAGAGAAUUCAGACCUGCAACCAUCCGAGUCUUGCUGUGGGAAACAAAGCAAAACUGGAAAAAUUGUUCGGCUUCCUUUUGGAGUACAUUGGAGAUUUGGCUACAGAUGACCCACCUAACCUCCAAGUGAUUGAUAAAUUGGUUGUGCAGUUAUAUAACCUCUGCCAAAUGUUUCCUGACUCCGCAAGCGACUCUAUAAAAUUCGUCCUGCGAGAUGCCAUGCACGAGAUGGAAGGGGCCGUUGAGGCCAGAGGCCGGGCGGCGUUUCCAGGCCUGGAUGUGCUCGUGUAUUUGAAAAUCGCCGGGAUGUUGUUUCCAACCUCCGACCUUCGGCACCCUGUGGUGACCCCCGCACUGGUAUGCAUGAGCCAGCUGCUCACCAAGUGCCCUGUCCUGUCUCUCCAAGACGUGGUGAAGGGUCUGUUCGUGUGCUGCGUGUUCCUGGAUUACGUGUCCUUGUCUCGGAGGUUCAUUCCUGAGCUUGUGAAUUUCCUCCUUGGAAUCCUUUACAUCGCAUCGCCGAACAAGCGUGGCCGCAGUUACACUCUGGUGCACCCUUUCAGAGCAUCUGGGAAGAACUCGGAGUUGCUCGUGGUUUCUGAUGAAGAGGAUAAAGCCACGUGGCAGAGGAGAGGCCUGUCCCUCCACUGGGCCUGCGGACUGAAGGCCCAAAAUAAGACGGAGGCCAACCACACCAGACUGUCCUGCCUGGCUGUGUGUUUGGCUCUGGUGAAGGGCUGCGCGCAAUUCUACAGCUCGCUGCCGUCCUUCUACGCCAUUGUGAGGCCGCUGCGAGCCCUGCUGAUGGAGCACCUGGCCGGCCGUGGUCAUCCCCCAGAGCUCCAGGAACUGUGCCAGAGCGCGCUGGCCAACCUGGAGGAACCCGAGCCCCGCUGCCGGCCACUGGUCUGUGCGAAGAGCAAGCCCGAGCCGCUGAAGCUCUUCACCCCCCGGCUGGUCAAAGUCCUGGAGUUUGGGAGGAAGCAGGGAAGCAGCAAGGAGGAACAGGAGCGAAGGAGGCUGAUCCACAAGCACAAGCGUGAAUUUAAAGGGGCCGUGCGGGAGAUCCGCAGGGACAACCAGUUCCUGGCCCGGAUGCAGCUCUCCGAGACCCUGGAGCGGGAUGCGGAAAGAAAGCGGAAAGUGAAACAGCUUUUUAAUAGUCUGGCCACACAGGAAGGUGAAUGGAAGGCUCUGAAAAGGAAAAAGUUCAAAAAAUAAAUAGUGGCCCAAUGAGGCACUGAACGGAA